AUGUGGCUCUGUGCCUUCAUGUGGGGACAAGGUGACAAUGAGCAGGCCAAGAACCCCUCCCUCAGCUGUGCCUACUCUGCCACCCCCUUGCUCGUUAACACCUUCUCUGAGCUGCGCACUGCCCUGGGGAGACGCAGCACCGCCCAGAGACCCGAGAGCGCCCGGCCUAGCUGCCACUCCAGGGACAGGCGAGCUGGGGAUAGCCGGGCCUGGAGCGGUGGCCACCCCACCCAGGGGACUGAGGGGCUGCUCGGGGGAAGACCACCUGGUGGGAGCGGUGACCUGGGGCAACGGAGGAAGAAGGGAGGAGCCCAGCAACAGGGCCCUGACCUCAGCUCUGCUGGCCGCCCCUUUCUCGGUGCCCCUCCUGGGAGCCCCGCAGGGCAGCGUUUGGGGUCCCACUCUCUGACACGUCCCCAAAUCUACCCUGCAGCUCUCCAUUUCCUGCAGAUUAAGGCCCAAGUUCUGGGCUCUCCACACCCAGGCUGCAGCCUGCCUCCAGCCUCGAAAGGCAGGCCGCGGCUCAUCGGCGGGUGCCACUGCGGAAGGUCGUGUCAACCUCUCCAUGUCCGUUCAUACAGAAACCAGCUUUGCCAGGGUCACGCUGCUGGCAAGUCUCGCAGCUGGGGCAGGAACCCAGGUCCCCAGUGCCAAAGCCCAGCCUUAGUGGCUCCACCAGCUUCUGCCCCACUGGGUGCCAAGUAUGUCCUGCGGGACGGCGUCCCACUCCCUGCACUGUGCCCUCCUUGCCGGAGGGGUCCGCGAAGGGUGGGCGGGAAGGUGGAAGAGAAAGGAGCACAAGCACCAGCCCUGCAUGGCCGGAAGAGGACACAGGCUUUAGCUUGGCCACCUGCCCUUUUAUUGCGGCUGCACGUCUCCAGGUCCGGGAUCUGCACGCUCAAAGGUGGCCCGUCUCCGGACAGCUGUGCCUUCCCCCGGCACAGUUAAUUUUCUGCUGCUCAGAGAAGUGACAGCAACUUGAAGCAAAGCAAUUAGGAUGUAAAAGAGCCCCAGCUGCUCGGAGCCAAAGGAAAAUAAACAGACGGGCCCGGUGUGUACUCCACAGCCAAGAGUGGCCAUUCUUCAUGGGCCGAUUAGCACUGCCGGCCCCGCCUCGUCCUCUCCCUGGAAGGAAGAGAUGUGGCCCAGGAAAGCGGCUGCUCUCGGUCCGCGCUCUCCCCCGCUGUGCGGCGGGCUUUGCCGAGUCUUCCUGGCCACCUGCACGCGCCCAGGGCCCUGCAGAAACAGUGCCCUCCCCUCUGAGACCCAAGCUUGCUGUCUAUCUCCCUGUGAGUUUCCCCUGAUUGAAUGAGCAGCGGAUUCAUGCAUUCA